UUUAUAGCAGUUCAUAUGCAAACCACCUCUCAGUAAAGUUAGCUUCCAAAUGGUACUUAGCCUACAAUGAAAUACCUAAAUGUGAAUCAUAUUUAAAACUGAAAUAUGUGCUAGACGCCAGCUCAGUUACUUUUAUUGACCUGAGGAGUUUACCAGAACAAAGGAUGUGUCAAGCUGAAUAGUUUGUAAGGGAAAUACAUCUGAUCUUUUGGACUACAAGUCAGUAAACUUUGCUUACGCAGCUGGCUCCAUUCAUUCCCUGAAACCAAUCACUUUCCCUGUGGUGGCUGAUAAGAAUUUAACAGCUUGAGAAGGUGGAGUGUCAGCAUCCUUAGUGCUAAUCACUUUCCCAGGCAUAUCAGUAGCCUCUGUCCAUCACCCAUGCUGAAAGCUGCUUGGAAAACAAGAAAUAGAAAUUGGGGAAGGGAAAUCAUGCAUCAUCAUCCUGGAUGUAAUAUACAGAAGACUUUAUGCUGUUUUCAUCAUGUGGAUUCACUAGAGAAAUGACCACCUUUGAUCGGCCAAGUAAAAUCAAAAACUUAUUUAUUUGCUGCUUGUGCCCCUCGCGGGUGUUGAGACUCUGGACUUGCAGGCGCCCAAGGACAAGGAGGAAUCUGCUCGUGGGCACCGCCUGUGUGAUCUACCUGGGAUUCCUUGUCAGUCAGGUUGGGAAUGUUUUACCCCAGCACAAAGGAGGACAUCAGAAGAUCAGUUCCAGAAGUCUCCAAGAUGCAGCCCAAACUCCUUUUCUGGGCAUCCCACUGGAUGGCACCCUGUCACCACCCAAUUUCCAGGAACCCCAGCUGGGCAGCAAUGGGACCUUGCUGCCACCCAAUGUAGUUUAUAUCACCCUGCGGUCCAAGCGCAGCAAGCCUGCCAAUAUCAGAGGCACAGUGAAGCCAAAGCGCAGGAAGAAAAAUGCAACACCUUUGUCCUAUGGGCAACAUUUUCCAAAAGCCACUUUUACGGGCCUGGAAGAGGCCUUUGCCCAACAGCCAGGGAGGGCUGUGCAUGCCACAGGCACAGUGGGAGCAGCAGUAGCUCUGGAAGCGAGAAAGUACCAGCUGGAUGAACACAGACAUAAAGGAAUGGCAGUCGGGGAGAGGGGUCACCGGAGACCUGGGAUGAUUUCUGGAGCUGUGAAGGUGCAGCCCCAGCCUGAGGAAAGCAAUAUCAGGAUUUACAGUGAGAGCUCUCCCUCGUGGAUGAGCAAAAAUGACAUCCUAAGCAUGCGAAUGCUGGCAGAUUCUCCGAUAGAGAGCAUCCAAGAAGUACCUGCACACAGUGCAGUCCUGGUAGUGUUUGCAGGAGGUCCCGGCACCACAGGAACUGCUUGUGAUCAAGGACGCUGUGGGAUUGUCAAAAGACCCGUCGACAUGAGCGAGGUGUUUGCCUUUCAUUUGGAUAGGAUCUUGGGGCUAAACAGGAGCUUACCUUCUGUAAGCAGGAGAUCAGAGUUCUUCCAAGGCGGUCAAGCCUGUCCUGUUAUUCUCUGGGAUUCCUCACUGAGUCCAACAGAUAAUAGUACCCAUUCUUCAGUGAGGUUAACAUGGGGACGAUAUCAGCAGCUGCUGAAGCAGAAAUGCUGGCAGAAUGGUAAAAUUCCCAAAGCUGAGUGGGGCUGUACUGAAAUCCACCAUCAUGAAUGGUCCAAGAUGGCACUUUUCGAUUUUCUUCUGCAGAUCUAUAAUCGACUAGACAGAAACUGCUGUGGAUUCAAACCUCUCAAGGAGGAUUCCUGCAUGCAGCAAGGACUGAAGCUGAAAUGUAAUGAUCAGGAUGCUGUUGACCUGACACACAUAGUUCAGAGAAGGCAUGACCAAAGGCAUUUGGCCUUUAUAGACAAUAAGGGUUUCUUUGACAGAAAUGAGGACAAUCUUGACUUCAAAAUACUGCAAGGAAUCAAUGAAUUCCCUGAAUCUGCAGUUUCAGUACUGAGAAGCCAGCGUUUACGUGAGAAGUUGCUCCAGUCUUUGUUCCUUGACAAAAUAUACUGGGAGAGCCAAGGAGGCAGAAAAGGAAUUGAAAAGCUUAUUGAUGUAAUAGAAAGGAGAUCCAAAAUUCUUCUUACUUAUAUAAAUGCACAUGGAGCCAAAGUAUUACCCAUGAAUGAAUGAAACAGUCUUGCUUCCAUCUGAGAGACAGUCCUUAAAAAAUUCUGUGUGGGACAAAAAUUGACAGUAAAAUUGAUUUAAUUCAUAGAAUUAUUUAAUUCUUUCCUCCAAACUUUCAAAUUUAUUUUUAAAUAAGGAAUCUUACAUGGUUUAAAAGCAACACUUAAAUGUCAGCUGCAGCUUAACACAGUGAAGUCUCUUCUGUGUCACCAGUGGCAUGAAAAAUAACCAAAUGGUACAAUAAAUAAUAUACAGUAAUAUGUAGGUACCAUGAACACUCCUUCUGUUAAACUGUUUGAAAAUUAGUAACAGGGUUUUCAGUACAUUAGUCUGGAUUACUCUUUCUUCCCUCUUUCAAGUCAGUAUAAGUUUUUCUCACAAGUUUAAAUGGGACCAGAGAUGUGUAAGCUUAAUACAUUGAUGACAACUGUCAUCACAUCUACUUGCUGGAACAUAUAUACAGGAACUUGUCUUUUUAUUAGGAAUACUAAGAUCCCAACAUUUCCAAAGGCUUGUUUUAUUUUAUUUUGGUCUUUUGAAAUCUGAGAACUAAAUUCAGCUCUUUUAAAGGCAGGAGUGCUUGCACUGGACAUGAAAGAAUUUUAAAAGUAGAGUAAGGAGAACAUGGCUUUAACAGUAAUAACUAUUUUGACAAAUACAGUUUUUGCCUGUCCAAUCUGGAGUACAAUUCAUCAUGAGUCACUCAGUAAAAUGUACUAUUUUCAAUGCAAGUUGUUCUGAUGUGUAGGUGGAUAAUCUGAUAUUGUCUGUCUUUUGAUUUCUCACAGAAUUGUCCUUUGCUACCACUAUUUUUAAAAGUGGCUUUAGCUUUUUGUGAAUAUGCUGCUACGUUUUAUUUUUGCAAAAUUCUUGACAAUAUUUUUGAGAAUUAUCAAAAAGCAGACCUACUAACAACAUGAGCGUUGUUAAAUCCAGCACCCAGGAUAUGUUUGUUCUGUGUGCUCAGCUCUAGACAGCAGUUCAGGCUCUGAUUUUCCAUUAUGACCACUGUGGAGCGAUAAUUCUAGAUGAUGACUUGUCCCAAGUGUUCCCACAGGUAAGGUUGUUAGAGAAGGUUGGAUAAGCACUUCAGAUUUCUAUCCUCCAGAAAUAAAGUAUCAAUUGAUUCUACCUGUUUGUUUAGAAAGACUUUUAUCACCUUUCUAGAGAAAUAUCUAUCAUCCGCUUGCCAUGAGAUAAUGGUAGAAGUUGGAUGCUUUCGUAGCUACUCUUGUCUUUAUGUAGAGUAAAAAAAUAUAUGAUGUAUAAGAUUUAAAAAUAUUUCUAAAAGUGCUUGUUUAAUGUCAUUAAUGAGAAACUAAAAAUGUCUUAUCACUGUUAGCAUGGAUGGCUGAAUUUAACAUUUUGAAUACCUACAAUACCACUAAAACCAGCUUAAAUCAGUUUUUUCUUUAGUAUCAGAAAACCCAUUAACAAUGAUUGCAUUACUAGAAGAAAUAGAUCUCAUUAUAGACAGAGUUGAAAAUACCUUGUAAAAUUUUAAGAGCUUAGCCAGCUAAGUAAUAUCUUAUUUUAUUUUGUGGGCAAAGAACAGAUAUAAAUUUGUUAAAACUUACUAGAACUUAUUGCCUUGAAAACACAUGUUUUAGAGUGCGUUAGACUUUUUAAUAUCAGAAAAGUAGAAUUUUAUAGGACUUUCAUCUUAGCCCUUUCUUAAAAAUGUUGUAACUUAUCAGCCAGAUGAUUUUUUUUCACAGAAACAAAAAUGUUAAUUUGGCUUGCACUGUGAACAGAGUCUAGAGGAAGAAAUAAUCCUCAAGAUCCAUUUUGCAUGGAAUUCCUGUUGCAGUGAAUUUCACUCUUUGAUGGCCAUCAUGAUCAAUUUGUCUCAUUUUCUAGCCUAUCUCAGUUUUCUUCCUGCAAGAUAUCUGUUCAAAUGGAUUAUUUCCAGAAUUGGCUCAUUGCCCAAGAGGAGAAGGAAAUUGAAAGUAAGGAUUUUUUUACCUUUUUUCAGGUUGGGUCGUUUAUUUUUAUGGUGAUAAUUUGAUGCAUUCUUCUCCAUUUCUUCUGGACAUGGACUAGUGUUUCCCUGAGCAUGACACAUGCUCUUUUAUUUGCCUGGCAGUUCAGUGCCAGCUCUUAAAGCAGCAAUGUAAUUGCCUACUUGUAAGAAAUUGCCCUGAGGCUGAUCUGGACCAUGACCUCUCAGUUGUCCUGAGUUUAAGAGAUCUGAACAGCCAUGAUGCUGUGCAGUACUUGAAAAUUUGACCAAGCAUGAAAAGCUUAACUGUAAAUAGUAGAAUUUCUGGAGACUUUCCAAGGGCAAAGAAAUACUUCUUUCUCUGAAAGUCUGAAUUUGUGUCUAGGACAAGGCAUUCUGCAUGCUGCUCUCAUCUUACAAUGCUGCAUUCUUAUUGCACUAUGCAUAGCUGGAGGCUUUGCUCUCUAUGCUGUAUUAUCAUGCCAUAUUUCUUAUCUGUGCAGUCACUCUCAUAAGUCUUCAGGUAAGUCAGGAGAAGCUGUGUGAUAUUGGACAGUGGGAUUGGACUGUAAAUUGCUUCUGAUUCUCUGAUGUUCAUAACAAACUCCAGAAAGUGCUUUUUUCUCCAUAAUGUUUAUCCUGUUGCUGUGGAGCUUGGUAUUUGAAUCCAGUAUUGUUAAUAAUGCAAAGUAUGAUUGCAAUAGCACUUGUAAGUGCAUACGAGCCAAGUUCUAGGGGUUUGUUUUAUGAUAUUGAAGAAUUCUGUAUUUUUGGAGUGCAUUUGCAUAAAUGCUACAGUAAAAAAAUACAAAAAAGCACUUUGUUGAGUUUGUUCAUUCUCUGCUACUGCAUUCAAGAUACCUGCUAUCCCUUCAGUAACAGGGGUAAAGUUUAUUAAGAAAUCAGUUUACUUCCUUUGAAAGCAGCAUGACGUUGGACUGACAGGAACUGCACUGUGGCCUAAAUAAUAUUAACUGACAGGGCAAAUCCUGAAGAAGUCUUACUCAACCUAUGGUGAUCAAUAGAAAGCCAAGAGUCUGUGCUUUAGUCAUCUUUACUGGGCUGUCUUCCAUUUCUGGGCAUGUGGGAUCACACAAAGAUUGGUGUUGCACAUUGCUUGGAAGGGUGUAACCAACAGCAACAGUGCAAAACCUGUGGGUGGGAAAAGGCGAUUAUGUCAUUCUUAAAUCUGCCUGAAAGCCAGAACCACAUGAAAUGGAAUUACUAAGAAAGUCAAAAGAGUCUGCUGAUUUCGUAACAUUGGAAGACAGAGCUUAAAAUAAGUAGCACAGGCACAGAUGCCUUAAAAUUCCUCGGGAGCCUGCCAGCAAGUUAAUACUCUUAAAUGUUUCAGAAGCUGAGGACAUGAAAACUUCUGUGGAGCACUGUGAGAGCAGUUUCCUUCUUUUUUCGUGUGUGUAGUCCAUAACUUGCUACAUUAAAAUAAAAUAAAAUAAAGAUAAAUUCCAUGGUUUCAAAUGAGCAAAUACAGAUUUAGGAUACACUAAGGGACAAGGUUCCAUUAGCAAUCCGGGGAACACUUUUGUGCGCAUGUGUGUGUAUGCCAAACAAACAUACAUGUAUAUAUUUGUAUACCUGGGCUUGUUCCUAUAGAAUGGUCAAUUUGGCUAAUAAAGGGUGAGCUGUUUAUGUAAUUUACUGUUUAUAUGUAGAAUUGUAUUUGUAUGUAAGUCAAAUUUCGGGUAUACACAAGUUGAAGUUUAAACAAAACAUUAUUAUAGAUGAAACUUUUGUUCUCUAGGGAUUAACUCUUCCCUUGCCAACACAUUUAUGUAACCUUAUAAGUUUUUUGUUUGUAGGGGAAAAUAGCAAUAUGUUUGUGCCUGAGCUAAACUGCCAGAGUGAUAUCAACUCAGAGGUUUUUAAAAGUUUUGUACUAAAUAUUGAAUUUCUGUUUUAUUUUGGAAUUUUUGAAUUUUAAGAGUCAGUUUGUUUAUCCUUUAAUUAAUACCAGUAAAAGCAUGUUCACAAGUAAUGAAUCAUUUGAAUCUCUGCUGCUAUUUUCAUAUGGUGUCUAGGAAUAUACAAAA